AUGAGAAGGGCAAGAAGGAUAAGCAUGGUGAAGUGCAAAGGGGUGGCUGGAGUUUUAAAGGUUUCACGUAUGCUUUCCAGAUACAUGAUUUGGGAAUAUGAAUUAAUUUCUAGAAUGGCGGACCUGAAUUACUGCAAGGUUGUUGAUCCGACAGUUCUCCCGUGUAUUUUGCGAUGGAGAACUAUUACGUAUGUUCUCGAGAUGAGAAAGUUGAACAAUUAUUUUUUCCAGAGCAAAGAGUCAGCUCAGUUGCGGGCGCUAUGUUCGAGUGAAGAGGAAAUGAGACAACCAUAUUGGAGUUGGCCACAGGAUCGCCCUGCUGUUGUCUCGGCAGAGUCAAUUCCUUCUUCAUGUGCUGACCUUGAUGAGUUGAACAAGGCGGUAAGCUUGUUGAGGUCCGAGUUGUUUCAAGUAAAGCGGGAAAAGGACGUCUUUGAGUUAAAGGUCAUACGGAUGGAAAAAAUUUUGGACCACUGUUUAGGUCCUCAUAUUGAGCAGGAAGUGAGAAGGGACAUAGCUUUACUGAAAGAGAGGACGAAUCGUUGUGUCGUGUCACAUCUAUUUAAGGGAUAUAAGGAAGUGGAUGGCAUGCAAUGGGAUGAAGGGCCAAGUAACGGAAAUGAGGGAGAGGAAAAUGAAGAGGAGGACAUUGAAUGGGGUGAAGGGCCAAAUAACAGAAAUGAGAGAGAGGAAAAGGAAAAGGAGGGGAUUGAAAGGGGUGAAGGGGCAAGUAAGAGAAAUGAGGGAGAGGAAAAGGAAGAGGAGGGGAUUGAAAGGGGUGAAGGGGCAAGUAAGAGAAAAGAGGGAGAGGAAAAGGAAGAUGAGGGGAUUGAAGGGGGUGAAGUGCAAAGAAAACCAAGUGAGGUAGAGGAAGCACAAAGGAAAAGAAGUGAGGGAGAGCAAGUGAAAAUAAAAAGCAGCAAGGGAGAGGAAGUGCAAAGAAAGAGCAUUAAGGGAGAGGAAGUGAAAAGAAAAAGCAAUGAGGGAGAGGAACUGCAAAGAAAAAGCAGUGAGGGAGAGGAUCGGCAAAAAAAAAAAGAAGGAAGGGCAAGGAAGUGA